AUGUCCGAUCACCAGGAGAAGACGACGACGACUCCGGUCGUUCCUGAGUCGCAGCCUGCUACCACCACUACUCCUGAGGCCCCUCAGCCUGCGUCUGCUGAGUCUGCUACCGCUGCUGCUGCUACUACUACCACCACCACCACUGACACUAUCGCUGAACCUCAGCCGGAGAUGACGACCGAGGAGAAGACGGCCACGGAACCUGCUCAAAUACCCGCCGCCGCUACCGCUGCUGCUCCUUCUAUUCCCGCCACCACCGAAGCUCCCGUUACCGAGACCGCUCCCGCUCUAGAGGCAAAGAAUGAGGAAGUAGCGAAGGAAGGACCUUCAAAGGAUGGCGUCAAAGAGGAAGAACCCAAGGAAGAACCUAAGGAGGAGGCCAAGGAGGAGCAGCCUGCUCAACCGGAAUAUCUGGUUAAAACCCCCGCUCUCGCCGAAUUCUUCGAUCGCCUGCCUGCCAUUCUCUCUGCGACCGGCCAUGCUGAGAUGUGGGGAGUGACCUUGAAGGACUUCAACGAUAUCCCCACGGUCAACGUGCUCAUCAAAUUCUUGCGCGCUAACGAGGGCAAUGUCAAGCUGGCUGAGGAGCAGCUCACCAAGGCCCUGCAAUGGCGCAAGGAGAUGAACCCCAUCGCGCUGACUGAGGGUCAGUACAAUGCUGAGAAGUUCAGUGGUCUUGGCUAUGUGACCAAAUACACCGAGGCGAACGGCCAGGAGGUUAUUGUUACGUGGAAUAUUUAUGGAAGUGUCAAAAACGUGGACGCUACGUUUGGUGACUCAGAUGAGUUCAUCCGGUGGCGUGUGGCACUCAUGGAGCUGGCAGUCAAGGAUAUGAAGCUCGGCGAGGCUACGACCGUGAUUGACUAUGAGGGAGAGGAUCCCUACCAGAUGAUCCAGGUCCACGACUACUUGAACGUCAGCUUCCUCCGCUUGAAUCCCAACAUUCGCGCAGCCACCAAGAAGACUAUUGAGGUCUUCGCCACCGCCUACCCCGAACUGCUGCGCGAGAAGUUCUUCGUCAAUGUUCCUGCCAUCAUGGGCUGGAUGUUCGCCGCGAUGAAGGUUUUCCUCAGCAAGAACACUACGCGCAAAUUCCACCCCAUCUCCAACGGCGCCAAUCUGGCUCGGGAGUUCCCUGCUCUGAAGGAUCAGUUUCCUCACUCUUACGGCGGCACCGGUCCCGCCUUGCAGGAAGGUGGUUAUACCGUCAAGUUGGAACAGAGUGCUCCUGUUUCCGCCGCGGCUCCCGAGCCGACGCCGGACGCCGAGGGCUCGAAGGAAAUUGCAACCCCGGCUGAAGAAGUGCCAGUCGAGGCGCCCAAACAGGAGUCCUCGACCGCGGAGCCUGUUAAGGUGGACCCUACAGUGACGGCUCAGGAGACGUCCGCUGUGGGGGUGGCCAAAUGA